GUGACGGGCAGCUUCUCACGUGACUCAGUUCUGGGCUCCUGCCUCCAGCGAGAGGCUGCGCUGCGAUGGGGCUGCUGGACUGCCGGUGCCUCCUGCUGGCGCUGCUCCAGCUGCCCGCCUUGCUCCGCUUGGACGCCGCCGCCGCCGCCUUCGGGUGGGCUCCGGAGCCGGACCAGCUUUUCCAGAUCCCGGAGGGAUGGAGCUGUCUGGGUCGAGUGGCUGCCUCGGAGGCGCUGAGCCUGACCUUCGCCCUCCGGCAGCAGAAUGUGGGGCGCCUGGAGGAGCUGGUGCAGCGAGUCUCCUCUCCAGACUCUUCAGAGUAUGGCCGGUUCCUGUCUCUGGCAGAGGUGCAGGCCCUGGUUGCCCCCUCCCCGCAGACGCUGAAUGCCGUUCGCAAGUGGCUGGAGGCUCAUGGGAUCUGGGACUGCACAGACGUGGGCACCAAGGACUUCUUGCAGUGCCAGGUGCCAGCCGGCACGGCAGAGCAGCUCCUCCCGGGGGCACAGUUCCAGCGCUACGUCAACGGGGAGCGAAGCGUCGUGAGGUCCCCCUUUGCCUACACCUUAGCAGAGGAGCUGGCGGAGCACCUGGAUUUUGUGGGGGGUCUUCACCGCUUCCCUGCUGAGAGGAAGGCAGUGAGUAGGGCCUGGACUGCUGGGAAAGCACUGCUCUCCACCUUUCACCUGGGGGUGACGCCGGCUGUGAUCCGCCAGCGGUACAACCUGACUGACAAGGACGUGGGCAGCUCCCGCAACAACAGCCAGGCCUGUGCCCAGUUCCUGGAGCAGUACUUCCACCAAGCGGAUCUGGCGGAGUUCAUGGGUCUCUUUGGGAAGAGCUUCCCUCACCAUCUGCGCGUGGACCAGGUGGUCGGGCACCAGGGCUGGGGCAAGGCCGGCCUGGAAGCCAGCCUGGACGUGGAGUACAUCAUGAGCUCCGGGGCCAACAUCUCCACCUGGGUCUUCAGCAACGGUGGGAGGCAUGAGAGCCAGGAGCCCUUCCUGCAGUGGCUGCUUGUGCUCAGCAACAUGUCUGCCCUGCCCUGGGUGCACACGGUCAGCUACGGCGACGACGAGGACAGCCUGUCCCGGGCGUACAUGGAGCGGGUCAAUGUGGAGUUCAUGAAGGCAGCCGCGCGAGGCAUGAGCAUUCUCUUUGCUUCAGGCGACUCUGGAGCAGGUUGUCGGUCAGCCCACGGAGGGAAGCACACCUUCCGGCCCAGCUUCCCAGCCUCCAGCCCAUACGUGACCACAGUGGGGGGGACGUCGUUCCAGCACCCCUUCCUGGUCAGUGCUGAGGUCACGGACUCCAUCAGCGGGGGAGGCUUCAGCAAUGUCUUCCCGAUGCCAAAGUACCAGACAACAGCUGUGAAGCGGUUCCUGAGCACGACCUCCAAGCUGCCACCCUCCAGCUACUACAACAAGACGGGCAGAGCCUACCCAGACCUGGCCGCUCUCUCCGACAACUACUGGGUGGUCUCCAACCGCAUCCCCAUGCCCUGGGUCUCCGGCACCUCGGCCUCGACUCCUGUGGUGGGGGGCAUCCUAGCUCUGAUCAACGACCGGCGCCUCCAGCGAGGGCAGCCCCCCCUGGGCUUCCUCAACCCCGCCCUCUACCGGCUCCAGGAGAAGGGGAACAGCACUGCCCUCUAUGACGUGACCACGGGCUGCCACUACUCGUGUCUAGAUGAAACUGUGCAGGGCCAAGGAUUCUGCGCGGCUCCUUCCUGGGAUCCCGUCACCGGCUGGGGGACGCCAAACUACCCAGAGCUCCUGUCUGCCCUGCUGGGCUAGGCGGCCACAUCACACUUGCAGACAUCCAUGGCACUUGGCCACCCAACAGCCGGGGGAGAGUGUGUGGGUUGGGAAUCUCAGGCUGCAAGAUGGAGGCAGGGGGCAUUUCAGAGGGCCUCCCCCCGCCUCCAUUGCAGGACCAAAAAGUGUGCAUUAGCCUAACAGAAAAGACAGUGGAAGCAGAAAUAUGCAAACAUUCAUCUCUGUAAAUCUAUAGUGGUACGUCGGGAGGAGAAGGUGCAACUAAAAGCUAACAGUCUAAA